GAACGACUCUAUUGUCGCUGUUGAUAUUUUUAUUUUUUUAUAAUAAAUAUUUUUUUGAGACUCUAAACCAUAAUUUAAAAAAAAGCGGAUAGUAUUGUUCAUUUAGUUAUCAAGUCACUAAUCAGAUUGAUUAGGCGAAGUGCAGUGAAGUUCAUUAUUUUCUGUAAAUCAAAGAUCAGGUUCUUUAUUCAAAUAAGAUGUCUUUGCAAAACAUCAAACUUCACAUAAUCACGAUUAUAAUAGCGAUAAUCAUUCAACCUGAUAUAAAUGUAUAUGGAGCUUUAAAUACAUCAGAAAUAAAUGAAUUUAAAAAUUCUGUUGUGAACAAUUUGCCCGAAGGAAUAACUAUGUUACCCGAAUUAAAGGAUAUAGACGUAGGCGAGGGAAUAAAGCAAGCAUCCGAUAUUUUUAAACAAAAAUGCAUUGAAAAUUCUGGAAGUGAUGCAGCAUUUGAAGAAGCUUCGCAAGCAUUGAGUACACUUAUGGAAUGCGUUCAAAAUAUCAUAGAUUUUAGCAAUAUACAACAAGAAAUUGAAGAAGCAAAACCAAACGGAAAUUUAGAUACUGUAUUUAAUAAAUAUUGCAAUAAGAGAAAUGACGGUGUAGCGUGCGUAGACACAUUUACAACAUCGAUUGAUCCUUGUUUGACACAGGAAGAAAAAGACCAAAAAACUGUUUUUAUCAAUAUCACAAAAAGUUUAUUAGAAUUCAUUUGUCACGAGAAUGGUAAUCAAAUAGCACUAUUUAUAGCUGAAGAAGGUCCGGAGUGUUUUGAAUCAAAAAGAGAUAAUUUACUAAACUGCUUCAAUAAAACAAUGGGAAAAUAUGUAAAAGAUGAAAUGCCAACUAUAGAAAAUCUUCCGACUUUAGUUAUAAAGGAGGAAAAUUGUGUCGAUAUGGACAAAUUAGAGGAAUGUGUUGUUUUUGAAUUAGAACAAUGUAAAGAAAGCACACCCGCGAAUCUAGUCGAAGCAUUGUUUAGAUUCGUCAGGAAGGAGACACCCUGUGGAAAAAAGAAAAUAGGGACUAAUCCCAAUUCAAGUGAAAAUGUUAAAUUAUCUGUUGCAUUAUUUGGAACGUGGAUAAUGGCAACACUUAUAAAUGUGAUUUUAAUGCCUCAUUCAUAUUAAAAGAUUCUAUAUUACAAUCAUUAUAUUGUAUAUGACCAAAAAAACGUAUUGUAUGAAUCACUAGAAGUGGUGAGAUUAAUCUGGGUAAUGGGUUGGAAAGGCUAAAAUAUACGCAAUUAUUAAAAAAUUAUUUUUAAGAUAAUAGAAUAAG